UUUCUCCCCCCUCUCUUCACCCCGCUCGCUCGCUGAUCGUCGGGUCGGAUGAGUCGGCUCGUCUCCCGGUCUCCGUCAUCAUACGCGUCGACCGUGUCGUGUCCGGUCGGGGUCGGUCGGACUUCGGUGACCGGAGUUGCAGUCGCGGAAAAUGGCGUCGUCGAAAAGCCACCGGUGGAUGGUAGACUCGGGCAUUCUGCGUAAAAAGAAUAGCGACGAGGAACCGCAGGAGCUGUUGGUGUUCGGAUACAGCUGCAAAUUAUUUCGCGAUGAUGACAAGGCGAAAAUGAUUGAUCAGGGAAAGCAUUUGAUACCAUGGAUGGCCGAUAACACGUUGAGGAUAGACAGGUACGAUGGACGCGGGGCGCUGCCAGACUUACGGAUUCACGAGCCACCACCGGGUGGUUUUGAUCAGCGGACGAUACUUACCGAGGAGGAACUGAAAGUAGAGCAACUCUGUGACGAGGAGCGGUAUCGGUCCCUCUACAACAACGACGCGGAGGAGUCCAUGUACCAUGAAGAGGAGAUAAAGAGGUUGCAUCAGGCACUGGAUUCCGAAUCUUCGUACAAUCAAAUGGGAUAUAAUUACAACGAAGAUGAGAACGGUCAUAAAGCCUCCGGCGAGGAUUCUCAGAGCCCGAAACAGUCGGAGGGCUCGCAGGAGGAGGAUCAGGCAUUCGUGCCGCCGCCCGAGCUGGAAAUUCCCGAGGGGAUGCUCCUGCCGGAAACGCAGAAACUGAAUGCGAUUAUAAUGAAAACGGCGCUGUUUAUAAGUCAACACGGAAGCCAAUUGGAAAUCCUGAUAAAGACGAAACAGGCAAACAAUCCACAAUUUGCGUUCCUAUCGAUAGACGAGCCGCUCCAUCAGUAUUACAAAUAUGUCCUCGAUGCUAUCAAGAGUGGAAAAUAUAAUCCCGAAAAGCAGCCUGAGAAAGAAGAAUCCGAACCCGAGGAAGAGAACUCUGACGAAGAUGACGAACCGUACCUGCAUCCAAGUCUCGCGUCGUCACUUACCAAGAUCGAAGCGGCACCUAGCAUACCAAGCAUACAGUACAAACCGUCGGCGGAUUGCGCGUACUCCAUGCUCGUGAACAAGAUCACGGGGAAACCACCACCAUCCAAGGCACCACAGGCGUUAGACCCGGCGAUGCAGUCAGUGCCGUCUGCUGGAUACUAUCACUCGAUGCCGCCGCAGAAUUAUCCUCCUUAUCCUACGCCCAUGCAGUACUCGCACGGUCCAGUUAUAUACGGGUCGAACGGACAAAUGCAAUCGCCUUCGCAGCUCGCCAUGCCGAUCAUGCCGAACGACGCCGCGGCCACGACGCAAACAGCAUCGUCCAACGAGACGCCCGCGCCGUUGGUACCGUACGGUAUACCCGUGCAAAAGCCACUGAGCAGGCCGUCCUUCAUCGUGCCGCCAGCGGACGUUCAGAUCAUCAUUGACAAGAUGGCGAGUUACGUGGCGAAGAACGGACGCGACUUCGAGACGAUCGUCAAGAACAAGGGGGAUCCCAGAUUCAACUUCCUGGAGCUGUCGCAUCAGUACCACGGUUACUACGCGCACAAGCUGACGGUGUACGAGGGCGCGAUAAAUCCGAAGGUGUUGACGGAGGAGCAGCUGCUGCAGAAGCAGGAGCCGCAGGAGGAGAAGCAGAAGAAGCUGGAGGAGCUGCAGAAGAAGCAGCAGCGAAUGGAGGAGGUGCAGAAGCGAGUGAAGAUGAUACAGGCGAAGAAGAAGAACGGCGGCGGCGACGCGAAGGCGAAGCAGAGUGCGGGAUCCACGAAGCAGAUCACCACCGUGUCGUUCUCCAUUAAAAAGCCAAAGGACGGGGAGAGCACGGUGAUCGAGAAGAGGAACGCGUUGCCGUUGGAGGAGAGCGACGAGGAGAUCGAGAGCGACAAGAAGGACGCCAACUCCAAGCCGGGUUCGCCGGAAGAUGGCACGAGCGAUCCGAAUUUUUCGGCUGCCAUUGGAGACAAGGACCCGCCGAAAUCGGAGAGGAAACCGAAGGGCAGCGACGACAAGGAGUUGGUGGAUCUGACGGACGAUAUCCUCGAGGAUUGUCAGAAGGAGAUCAGGCAUAAGCAGGCGCAGGAGGACAGGAUCAAGGAUAAGUUGGCGGCGGCCGCGCGGGACAAGUUACUCUCCAAGGAACGGCAGCUGCAACUCGAGAGAAAGAAGAGAGCGGCUAUAUUUCUCAGCCAGCACAUCCAGACGCCAGCGCUUAAGACCGCCUCCACCACGGUGAAUCCGAACACCCGAAAGGACGAUUCGGACGAGGUGCACUCCGUGCCGUCGCCGUCCCUCGAGGACAAUAAGGACAAGUCCUCGCAAGACACGAAGACGUGCGGUAAUUCCCUGAUGGAUCGACUGAAGGGCGCGGACCUGAGCGGCAAGCGGCCGCGACAACGCUCCAGGAGUCGGAGCACGGACAGGCACAAAUUGCACAAAAAGCACAAGAAAAAGAAGAGUUCUCAUCGAAGCAGCUACGACAGCUCAAGCUCCUCCCGCUCGCACAGAACCAAGAAGAGUAAGAAAUCAUCCUCGCGGCACAGAUCCCGCUCGCGCAGUCCCUCGCACAGGCACCGGCACAAUUCGCGGCGGCGGGAAAGCAACACGAGCUACUCGGACUCCAGCUCGCCUUAAUGACGUCGCUAAUGACUUCGCUUGUUUCAAUUAGGUUUACGUCAGUAAUGUAUAUACGUACAUGCAUCAUAUACUAUUAUAAAAAAAAAAAACGUAUAUUAUACAAUAACAGCGGCAAAUUUGAUACCACUUUUGUCAUCAAGAAAUACGAAGAAUUUACUCUUUAAUA